UUGAACUACGUACGUCAUAAUUUUCUAUACCAACAACACAAGCCCCAAAGCAAGCUAUAUGGUGGCAGUUCCAACCAACAGCUACUACAACUAAUUGGAAAAUCCAAAACAAAAAAAUAGAAACACAUUUAUAUACACACCUAUGUGCAUAACAGUAUAAAGUCGUCGGUCGGAAUAAACGUGUGUUCUGUUUCCUCGUCCUAUACACUACGCUCUACACUCUUUUAGGACGAGUGUGCGCGGCACUUUCUGUUUCGUUUGACAUUGUUUCCAAAAACAAAACAAAAAAACGAACAGAACUAAACCGAACCUAUAGAGCUACCCAGCUUGCCAGAGUCUGUGUUUGUUUCGGCAAUAAGGAGCUCCUCACUUCGGGCCCGGAUACGGAAUAGUGUGUCUCCAUAUUUGUGUUUGAAGCAAGAAUAGUCGUGCGUAUUACCCACCCCCGAAGUACAUACAUAUUUAUUUAGGCAUACUCUCUAAUCUCUUUAAGUGGCCGUGACAAGUACUUAACGGUUAGCGGUUGAAGUGCGUUUUGCAUUAUUUGUUAUACCUCAUAUACCGUUACACAUUAAACCCUUUAGCUCUAAAAAUAAAAGAAUUAAAUGUUUUUUUUUUCGAUAUAGUGUGACAGGUGUAUUUGCUUAGUAGAUACACACGUGUACGGAGCUAAGCUAGUUCAUCAAAAAGGAUACACUCGUACCUAUAUCUACCUUCGAGAAAUAUUGUUCUAUUCUAAAACUUAAUGUAAAGUUGUAUACAAAGCUCUCACGCAUGCAUUUCCUCUCUUCUCAUCAUUUGAAGCGUACCGACGAAGGACCAAAUAUAUAAAAUGAUGAGUAGUAGUUGUGUUGUUAUUCACGUACCGAAUCCUUUUUGUAUACAAUCGAAAGACGUCCGUCGUUCAGUUCAAAAGUGCUUUACUCAUCGGUAAAAUAAAAUUAUUCCUUCGUCCUUUCCCUGAUGUGCUCAAACAAUAACGACGAAGACGACGUCCGAUUAUAAGAUUCCAGGAUAUACCUAGUUUAAUUCAAACAAAUACACAAACACACACUCAAACCAAAGAUACAAAAAUAUUAUCCUCUGGAAUAAAAAGAAUCGAAAGUUUACAUCGAGUGCUUUUUUCUCUGGCAAGGACCUUGGACAAUAUAAAAAAAUCGCAUCCUUUUUUUUCUCGAUGGUCGAUGGUAUUGAAGUGAUUUUUGCCUCUCGAGAAAAUAUUUCAACAUCUUCUAAGUUGUUGGCAUCGUUUUCUUAUUCAAACGGCAUCCCAGAUACAUACAUAGGUGUAAUUCUAUUUUUGUGAUGUUUUUUUAGAUUUUGUGCUUUAGCAGGAUAAUAGUUCAUAUACGAAUCGUGCUAAGAGAUAUACUAAAUAAUAAUUUAAGUGAAUUUUAAAUAUCUUGUGAGAAAGUUUGAACAUCUUUACUCGUAUUGUUCCUUGUGGCAACGAACUGUGACUGUGUGAAGAUGAAAUUAGGAAUUCUCGAUAAUUUGUUGGACAUCGUACAUCCUGAGUGAUUUGCGGAUGCGAGCUAUGUAUGUAGGCAGGAGGAAAUGAAGACCCAGAUUUGGUCCUCCUGGAUACGGAAAUGGAAAAGGUCUUCGCCAGUUCCAAUAAUCUUAAAGACAAAUUUGAUGUAUCAUCGUUUCUAGAUGCAAAUGAACCAAAGUCCGCAGUUGGACCCUUCAAACAGAAACAACAGCGGAACAAGAGUGGCCCAGAAUUUAUAGUUGGAGAAGAUUCGGAGAAUGAUAGUACGGAGCCAAGUUGCACAAUUACAAUACAAAAUUAUGAUGAUAUUCCAGAAGAUUGUCCUUUAGUAUCGCAACGUGCUGAACAUGGUCAUAAUUCAGAUUCAGGUGACGAAAAACACGUACAAUUUGCUAAGAAAAGAGUUGUUGUAUCUCCCCCGAGUCUAGAAGAAAAACCAAAUGAUAAUUUACACGAAAGAAAGCGACGGAAGAGUCGCCAUCAGUAUUAUCGACAGCGGAAGCAUUCUCACCAAGACACAUCCGAUUCCGCCAAAAGUCCGCAAGAAAAUGGAGCCGAACCUAGAGAUAUCAACGCUCGAAAGGUAUCAGUCCAACCGGAGGAUAAUGAAUUGGAGAAAAAGCCGAAGAAGGAAGCUGCUCUCAAUGAGUUGACCUCACAUCGAUCGGACGAUCCAAGAGGAUUGCGACGUCAUAAAGUACGUCAUUCAUCAGUUAAACUCCGUGACUUGCCACAAAUCAGUUUGGCAGCUCUACAAGCGAAGAAAGCUUUCGACCAUAGUCCACAUGAGAUCUUUGUCCAAUUGGAUGAAUUGGUUGGCGUUGGCGAGGAACGUGAAUGGAAGGAGACAGCUCGUUGGAUCAAAUAUGAAGAAGAUCUCGAAGAAGGCUCAGACAGAUGGGGUAAGCCCCAUGUGGCGUCUCUGUCCUUCCAUUCGUUGCUGAAUUUGCGACGAUGUUUGGAAACUGGUGUGGUGCUAUUAGAUUUAGACGAAAAGGAUUUACCAGCUGUAGCUUACAGAGUUGUAGAACAGAUGGUAGUCGAAGAUUUGAUAACAAGUAAUGACAAGCCCACUGUUAUGCGAUCAUUGUUGUUGCGGCAUCGACAUGUGAAUGAAAAUUCUAUGACACAUUUUCCUUUCACGAAAAAAAAGUACAACAGCUAUACGAGUCUACAGUUACUUUGGAUGGGAAAUGAUCAACGCACUGAAUUGCCGAUUCGUCGAAAUGUUUACUCACCCCCAACUUUAGCCCCACCACAAUUUAUUGAUCGCGCCUACAGACGACAUUCAACAAUGUCCUACAUAAGCAACCUUUCUGAGGAUAAAAAGCCAAAGAUCGUGCCUGCCAGUGAAAUAGCUGGCAGCAAGAAGAACAAUGACCUAAAAAUCGAUAUGAAAGAUGACAUGACAUAUACAUCAUCCCAAGAAGAUCUAAAGAAGCUUCAAAACGACACUAUUCUUAAGAGGAUUCCUGUUGGCGCUGAAGCUACAACCGUUUUGGUUGGUGCUGUUGAGUUCCUUGAAACACCGACCAUAGCCUUUGUGCGUUUAGCCGAAGGUGUAUUUAUGCAAAACAUCACAGAAGUUCCGAUACCUGUUCGAUUCAUGUUCAUCCUUUUGGGACCAAAGACCGUUGAUUUGGACUAUCAUGAAGUCGGUCGUUCCAUUGCCACGCUUAUGGCUAAUGAGACUUUUCAUUCGAUUGCUUAUAAGGCAGACGAUCGCAAGGAUCUUCUUUCGGCUAUCAAUGAGUUCCUUGAUGAUUCGAUUGUCCUUCCACCUGGCAACUGGGAUCGUCAUGAUCUUUUGCCAUUUUCCGAGCUUAAGGCCAAGAAGGAUUGGAUUCGAUCACGUAAAACAAAAGCACUACAGAGUCAGCAAGCUAAAGAGGCCAAAGUCCAAUCCCAGUUACAGAAAGAUGUAAAAAUAAUCGAGAAAAAGAAAGACGAAGACGAUGACAAAAAGAAAAUGAAUCCCCUUGAGAAGACCCACAAGUUUUGGGGUGGUCUUCGGAAUGAUUUAAAGCGGCGUAUGCCAAUGUACAAGAGUGAUAUUUUGGAUGGCUUGAACACAGAAACGCUGGCGGCCACCGUCUUUAUGUACUUCGCUUGUCUGUCAACGGCGAUCACCUUUGGUGGUUUGGCCUCUGAUAAAACGCACAAUUUAAUAGGGAUCUCGGAAACACUGUUGGCCGCCUCUGUUGUCGGAGUCGUGUUCCAUACACUGGCUGGACAACCGCUGGUUAUAAUUGGAACCACGGGACCAUUGCUGCUCUUCGACGAAGCCCUCUACCAAUUCUGUCAAGAGAAUAACUUCAGUUUCCUCACUGUUCGAGCGUACAUUGGCAUCUGGCUGGCGGUAAUCGCCUUGACGGUGUCGGCUUUCGAAGGAAGUGUCUAUGUGAGGCUAUUCACAAGGUUUACUCAGGAAAUCUUCUCGGCCCUGAUCACCCUGAUUUACAUAGUCGAGACCAUAACGAAGCUCUUUUCCGUCUACAAGAGACAUCCGUUGUUGGCCGAUUACAAUCUACCGCCACCGACUAUUGUGGAUGCGAUGAUGGGCAAUGAGUCUGCAUCAGCGAUGAAUAUGUCACUCGAGGUCCAUAAUGUCACUGCAAUAUUCGUACCACCCUCCAAGCCAAUGAACAUGCCAAAUACCGCACUUUUCUGUACGAUUCUUACCCUGGGCACCUUCACACUAGCCUACUACCUGAAACUCUUCCGAAAUUCACACUUUUUGGGCCGGAAUGCACGUCGAGCUUUGGGAGAUUUUGGUGUGCCAAUUGCUAUUGCCAUAUUUGUUGCCAUUGAUUAUUUCAUCCCAGAAGUUUAUACUGAGAAACUAAGUGUACCUGAGGGCAUAUCACCUAGUGAUCCUACACGCGGUGGAUGGUUUGUGCCAUUGGGGAAUGUACCUGUUUGGAUACCCUUCAUAACUGGGAUUCCGGCUAUUCUUGUUUAUAUAUUGAUAUUUAUGGAAUCACAUAUAUCCGAGUUGAUUGUUGACAAGCCGGAACGUGGCCUAAAGAAGGGUUCCGGAUUGCAUUUUGAUAUUGUGCUUUUAUGCUUUAUGAAUGUGAUAUGCGGAUUCUUUGGAAUGCCGUGGCAUUGUGCGGCUACAGUGCGAUCAGUUGCUCAUGUAUCAUCUUUGACAGUGAUGUCUAGAACUCACGCUCCUGGUGAAUCUCCUCGCAUCAUUGAUGUCAAAGAACAAAGAAUUUCCGGUUUUUGUGUUGCUUUAAUGGUUGGCCUAUCAGUAACUAUGGCUCCACUCCUCCGGCUUAUACCCAUGGCCGUACUUUUUGGUGUAUUCUUAUACAUGGGUAUAGCAUCGAUGAGUGGUGUUCAGUUCUUUGAAAGGGUUAGACUGUUUUUCAUGCCUGUGAAACAUUACCCACCUACACCCUAUGUCAAACGAGUUCCAACUUGGAAGAUGCAUAUGUUCACAGCCGUCCAAGUACUCCUAUUGGCUGUUCUUUGGGCCGUCAAGUCAUCCAAAAUCUCUUUAGCUUUUCCAUUCUUUUUGAUAAUGAUGGUUCCUUUGCGUCAGAAAUUGGCAGCUCUGUAUACUGCAGAGCAAAUGAAAGCUUUGGAUGGAAGUGAAGCAAAUGCAGAAGAGGAUGAACCAGACUUCUAUGAAGAAGCAACAAUACCGGCCUAAGCCAAACAUUAAGCCUAUCCUAUAUUAUUAAUAAUAAAAAGAAAUAUACUUAAACCCACAACUAGAAUGUAAAGUCUAUAAAAGUAUUAUAAUUGUUAGUUUUAAAAAUAAAAAUAAAACUUAUAUAUAUUAUAUAUUUUUUUGAUUGUAAAACAAAUAAAGAUUGCAUUAUGUAAACAUCGUGUAUAGAUAGAGUGUUAAUUAAAAACAAAAUUAAGUAUAAAAUUUAUUUAUAUGUAUGGGCGGGAGCAACAACUUUAAAAUGAAACAAAAUUUACGGAACAAAAAUAAAAACACGGAAAUAAUAUGAAAAUUAAAACAAAAAACACUUACUAACAUAAAUCUAUUUAAUAAUUUUGUGAUUAUUAUUUUUUUUUCGUUUUUGCUAAAAAUAAAUAAAAUACAUUUAAUAUAUUUACUUAAGUAGUGACGUUUUAUUUUUCAUUUCUUUUCAUUUUGCUUGUAGGUUAUUAGGACAUUUUAAUUAAUUAAAAUUGCGAUUCGCAUAUAAACUUAGAUUUGAAAAACUACCUUCAAUACAUAAUAACUAUUAGCUGGUUUAUUAAAUUCAUUAAAAUGAUGUAUUUUUGAAAUUUCAUACAAGAAAAAAAACACAAAUAAUUUUGUACCUUGAAUUAAAGUAACUUAAAUCAAAUUGUAUUUACAUAACUUUUACUAAUUGUUCAUAAUAGAAAUAAAUGCACUUACAAUUAUGUAAUUUAAAAAUUAAAAAACAAAUAAUUAUGGUACCUAAACGCAGUGAACAAAAAAAAAGAAACCAGACUAUUACCUACAGAAACAAACUGUAAAACAGUUAAAAACAAAAA